GUGAUGUGGCAGUGAAAAUGUUGAAUGUUACGGCACCGACACCUCAACAGUUACAGGCUUUCAAAAAUGAAGUAGGAGUGCUCAGGAAAACACGGCAUGUGAAUAUCCUGCUUUUCAUGGGUUAUUCAACAAAACCACAGUUGGCUAUUGUUACACAGUGGUGUGAGGGGUCCAGCUUAUAUCACCAUCUACACAUCAUUGAGACUAAAUUUGAAAUGAUCAAACUAAUUGAUAUUGCACGACAGACUGCACAAGGCAUGGAUUAUUUGCAUGCCAAGUCAAUCAUCCACAGAGACCUCAAGAGUAAUAAUAUUUUUCUUCAUGAAGACCUCACAGUAAAAAUAGGUGAUUUUGGUCUAGCUACAGUGAAAUCACGAUGGAGCGGAUCCCAUCAGUUUGAACAGUUGUCUGGAUCUAUUCUAUGGAUGGCACCAGAAGUUAUUAGGAUGCAAGAUAAAAACCCAUAUAGCUUUCAGUCGGAUGUGUAUGCGUUUGGGAUUGUUCUUUAUGAAUUGAUGACUGGACAGUUGCCGUACUCAAACAUCAACAACAGGGACCAGAUAAUUUUUAUGGUGGGACGAGGAUACCUAUCUCCAGACCUCAGCAAAGUACGGAGCAACUGCCCAAAAGCUAUGAAGAGACUAAUGGCAGAAUGCUUAAAAAAGAAAAGAGAUGAGAGACCCCUUUUUCCACAGAUUCUUGCCUCCAUUGAGCUUCUGGCCCGGUCAUUGCCAAAAAUUCACCGCAGUGCAUCUGAGCCCUCACUAAACCGGGCUGGCUUCCAGACAGAGGAUUUCAGUCUAUAUGCUUGUGCUUCUCCAAAAACACCCAUCCAAGCAGGGGGAUACGGAGAAUUUGCAGCGUUCAAGUAGCCACAGCACCAUGGCAGCACCCACUCUGUUAUUUAAGUCUUGUGUUCCUACAGUUUCUUAACAUCAAAACUCUAUUCUGCUCCACAAAACCUAAAGUAAUUUAGAAAAGAUAUCCAUAAGCUUACAAGUGGAGCAGAAUGGAACUGCCAGUCCAACACAAUGGGAAAAAAGUACCUUUUUGGGAACCAGAAUCCUCUGCUGCCAGUGUUUCUCCUUCAACACAAACCACCACGUGCAUUCGGAGACCCGCAGUGGCUGCCUGUGCCGUUGGCAUCAUUCCCAGGAGAGAGGAGAGGGCGCUCGUGGCUUGACUGUGGUGCUCGGGCAUGAGGGGAUGGAACUGCUGCUGCAACUUAGGAGACUUGCUUUGGAUGGUCUGCCAGUCGGCUUUCUCCCUCUAACAACGUACCAUCAGAGGCUGAAUAUCUGAUGAGUGCUAAUUUAAAAGAAUCCUCCUCCAUUCUGAUCUUUUUUUUUCUCUUGGUGUACUCACUGAUUUAUGGACAAUGCAGUAUCCCCUUUUCACUGUAUUACAGUGUCAAACACCUAGAUCUGUCUAUGUUAUUGGAGUUUAUUCCACUAAAAUUGAAAGUGUGGGGUGAUGGGAGCUGGAGAAGAUGUUACUCUAAGGCAGAGAGGUUAAUCUGAAGGAAAAGGGGAUGCUGCUG